CACAAUGAUGACAUAGCAACUUGAGAGUGCAGUAUAACUUUUUUCCUGCUUUUUUUUGUCAGUUCUGUACCACAGAGUUCUGGCAGCAAUAUUUCUUUUCCUGCAACCUCUUCCAGCAUAUAAUCCUUGAUUCAACUGUUUCAAUUCUGUUUUGGGAAUAAAGGGAAGAAGCUUCAGGACUGAAAGAUUUACUUCAACCACAAAAUGAAGUGCCUUCCGUUGCUUGCAGUACUUGUGAGUGGAAUACUCUGUCAGUAUGAAGACUAUGACAGCCCAGUUUACCACUAUCCUUAUUACCCAGAUGCUGGUUUUGAUUCCCUGUCCAUGCCUUCGGUCCAAGGUUGUUCUGCCGAAUGUAGCUGCCCAUCUUCCUCAGCCAUGUAUUGUGAUAACAGGAAACUAACUGCAAUCCCACCUAUUCCACCAAAUGUUAAAUAUCUCUAUCUACAAAACAAUAUGCUAACUGAAAUUAAAGAUGGUGCCUUUGAUAAUGCAACAGAAUUAGCAUGGCUUGUUCUAGACUACAAUGACAUCACUAAUGGUAAAAUCGGCAGAAAUACCUUCAACAAGCUGAAGAACCUGGAGAGACUAUAUUUUACACACAACAAUCUUACUGAACCAGUUGGUCCACUUCCCAAGACACUGACUGAGCUAAGACUGAAUAAUAAUAAACUUUCAAAGAUUUCUGCUAAUGCCUUUGAAGGGCUUGAGAACCUGACUACUCUUCAUCUCCAAGAAAAUGAACUUAAGGAUGUUCCAGGAGCUAAUGUGUUCAAAGGUUUAAAAUCCUUAGUGCAGCUUGAUAUAAGCCACAAUAAACUGAAGAAACUGCCUUCUGGACUGCCACCUACUUUGUUGGAGUUUUAUGCUGACCACAACAGUAUCACCAAUGUUCCUGAUGAAUAUUUUCAGAGAUUCAUAAGCCUUCAAUACCUACGAUUAUCAUAUAAUCAGAUCUCUGAUGCCGGUAUUCCAGGAAAUGUAUUUAACAUCUCAUCUCUGCUUGAACUGGAUCUCUCAUUCAAUCAACUGAAGAACAUUCCAACUGUUAGUGAAAACUUAGAAAAUCUCUAUCUUCAGAGUAACCAGAUAAGCAAAAUCAGCAUGAGCAGCUUUUGUAAAGUCGUUUCACCAAUGGAUUUUUCCAAGCUGAGACAUCUCCGUUUGGAUGCCAACAACCUUACUAGAGAAAGCUUACCAAUCGAUGUGAACAAUUGCCUUCGUCAAGCUUCUGAAAUAAUUUUGGAUUAAUCCACAUUUGCAGCUUGAGUUCCAUUUUAGGCUUUAUGGAGACAUAUGCUCAGCUAGCAUUAUGUUACUUUGCCCAGCAAUGAGUUUAUUUAGGGUUUCUAAACAAGAGUUCUGCAAAAUAGUUUAAUGUUUAACUUCUGUUUAUGUCUGCAUAUAUUUGCAAUGAACACUCAGUAACAUAAAUAAAAGUAAACAACACUUAAAAUGUAAUAAGCAGAUAGUAAUAAAUAUAAUGAAAAGAGAUUUUCUUCUUUUUAAUAGGAGAACAUGUAUAUCUCAAUUUAUUCAACAAGUACUCCUUAGUAGUGAUUGACAGGCCAUGAGAAAAAAAAAAAUAAACUAAUGAAAUGUGUCAAACAGCACUGAUUAGAAACACAGAAUAGAAAAAAUAAUAAUUACUGCAUUACCUGGUGGAUAGAAGUGAAACUGAUGCUUUUCAGAAUGUAUAGAUGUAUAGUUAAAGUAUAAUGAAAAUGUUUCUAACAAUCCACUUUCUAUUCAAGUGUUUACAGUUCAUGUUUGUGCAAAUCCCUUUUCAGUACACUGCAUAACAUCUCAUCUCAUUUUUCACGAAUGCAAUAUGCAGACUUCAUUUUAUUAUGUUUUGUAAGCUCCAUUAAAUAUAAGCAAUAAAUAAACAGCAAUGGGUA